AUGAGCCUCGACGCGGAGAGCCUUCUAAGGGGUCAGGAAGACCUGUUCGGGCGCAUCGCCCGCGCGAUGGAAAACCUGAAGAAGUCUGGUGCAGCAAGCAUAACGACUGGCACUAUCGAGACGAGAAUAAAGAUUCUCGACACUCAUUGGGCCAAAUUCGAUGCGACGCACGACGUGCUCCGGGGAGGUCACUGGAAGACAAUCAGUGAACUGGAGUAUAUAAAAUCCGAUUUGUACGGAAUGACUGAGGAAACCUAUGCGGUGCAGCGGGCCGCCCUCCUCGACAGCCUGGAAGAGCUGCGGGGCAAGGUAUUGGAAACCUCUAAUUUGUCGACGGUCAGGGAGGCAGAAGGAUCGAAGCGGAGAACGCUCCCACGCAUUCAGUUACCCUCCUUCUCUGGCAAGUUCGACGAAUGGCCAGCCUUCAAGGAUCUCUUCCGGUCCAUCAUCCACGGAGAUACCUCGUUGUCAGACGUCGAAAAGCUGCACUACCUGAGAAGCUGCCUGAAGGAGGAGGCGGAGCAGUUGGUCCGCAACAUCCCCGCGACCGCGGAAAAUUACGCUCGGGUGUGGCGCACGCUCUCGGAACACUACGAGAACAAGCGUCUUCUCGUGAGAGCAUGCUUCUCAUCCUUUACCGCGCUUCCCAAGAUGAAGAUGGAGAUGCUCGACCUGCGCACCCGCCGGGAGUGGGAGACCACCAUCAGUGGAACCACGGAACCUCCGUCCUACGGCGAGUUGCGAACCUUCCUCGAGGGCCACAUGAGGACACUGGAAGCCCUGCACCCUGGGAGCAGCGAGACGAAUGCUUCGGGGACAAAGGGAGGAGCCGCACCGCGCGCCGCGCGAACGCACCUUGCACAGAAGCAGGUCAGGACGACGAAGUGCUCAUUGUGUCGAAAGGAGCACUACAUCCUCUCGUGCGGGGAAUUUCAGAAAAAAUCGCCGCGCGAACGCAAGGAAUACGCCGAGGCGAACGAGCUGUGCCUUAACUGCUUCGGUAAGCAUCGACUGAGCACGUGUCCGUCAAGAAAAUCUUGCGCGGCUUGCAAGCAACGCCACCACAGCUCCAUACACGACGUCUGCUCUACGGUCAAGAGCGAGGUAGGAGAAGCGUCAGCACUGCAUGUCCGCAACGAAGGGAACGAAAGAGACGCGGUCUUGUUGGCGACGGCGAGAGUUGCGGUAACCGACCGAUUUGGCACUUUAGUUCCCGCGCGCGCGUUAAUCGACCCCGGAUCGGAGGUCUCACUGGCGGCGGAGUCGCUCUUGAAGAGGUUGCGCCUCCCGCGUGCUCCGGCGUCUACGGUGAUUCUGGGGGUUGGCGGACAAGAAACCGGCGUCUCUCGCGGCAGGGUGAUGCUAACGGUUUCAUCUCAGACCUCUGACGCCUCGAUUCCCGUUCCUGCGCUGAUAUUGCCACACAUCACGACUUACAGCGGGCGCAUGGGUCCCCUCAAAACGAUGUGGCCUCACGUGCGCGAUCUACCACUCGCGGACCCGGACUUCGGAGCAGCGGAUCCGAUCGAGAUCCUUCUUGGCGCGGACGUAUAUCCUGCAAUCGUGGAGGAGGGCCUUCGAAGGGGCGAACGUGGCGCGCCCGUCGCGCAGCGAACCUCGCUCGGGUGGAUUUUGUCGGGACUCGUGAGUGGGGCCGCCCCGCCGGGGCCCGUCGUGUCGCUCCAAUGCUUGACUGGGGAGGAUCUGACGAGCCUGGUGAAGACCUUCUGGGAACAGGAGGAGCCCUCGCGGGUUCCGCUCCCCCUCACCGAGGCCGACCGUCACUGUGAGGAGCACUUCGAGCGCACUCACCGAAGGCUUGCGAAUGGACGAUACGUGGUGCGCCUCCCCAUCGCUCCCAACCUACCCUCGCUCGCGGACUCACGCAGACCCGCCUUGAGCACCUUAAAGAGCAUGGAGCGAAAAUUCGCGGCGGAUCCGGAGUUUCGAGCCAUGUACACCACCUUCAUGGCCGAAUACGAGACACUUAAGCACAUGUCUCCUGCAGCGCCGGGACAGUCGCGAGUCUGCUUCCUGCCGCAUCACGGGGUCGUCAAGAAAACUGGAAACACG